ACCUUGAAUUUAUCAUAGUCAUCAGGACGCAAGCUUACGUCACGACAAUAUCAACCCAAACAUUGAAAUACAAGAAAAACGAUAAACUAUCGGUUAGAGUAGGUGAAAGCACGGGAAUCAGAGACUGACUCGUAGCGAAAUGCUUGCGAUACGUGGUCUCGCUGCUGUUUAGCUGAUUCACUGCCAAGUAUUGCCCCACCACCUGUUCACCUUAACGAGCUCUGAAACUGGACGCAGAAGACUCAAGACCGUCGUAGAAGACGGUGUAAAUUUUGUAGUCGUACUUAGAGGCUGAUCAGUUGGGAAUGGCGCCGAUGCUUAGUAAAUUCGCGACCAAGCGUACAGUGGCUGGUGCUUGUGCGCUCACCGCGUUGAUAUGGAUCCUAAAAAGAAGAGGCAGAAAACAAGUCACGAGAAAUAAGAACGCGUGGCCCUCUCAUGAUAUACAGUAUGUUAUCAAAGAGGAGAAACCAAAGAGUCCGAAAGCUUACGUCAAUGCCAAAUUUUUCAAACAACUACGUCAACUGCUCAGAAUUGGUAUACCAUCCGUUGUGUCUCCAGAGUUUGGAUUUGUUCUUCUUGUUGCUGGUUCCUUAGUGGCAAGAUCCCUGUGCGACCUAUGGAUGAUAAACAUAGGAACGUUAAUCGAAUCGUCGAUCGUUAAUAUGGAUGCACCUCUAUUUAAGAAGCGUUUAUUUAAAUUUUUGUCUGUAUUGCCUGUGAUCUCUGUUGUGAACAACGUACUGAAAUAUGGAAUAUAUGAAAUGAAGUUGAGGCUACGCACGAAUAUCACACGAAAUCUACUGGACCAGUACCUGAAGGGUUUUACAUACUACAAAAUGAGUAACUUGGACAGUCGAAUAGCAAACCCAGAUCAGCUUUUAUCUACCGACGUCGACAAAUUCUGUGAAAGCUGCACGGAUCUUUAUAGUAACGUCGCAAAACCGUUAUUGGACAUAUUUAUUUAUGUCUAUAGAUUGACGAGCAAUCUUGGUGGUCAGACACCAAUAUUAAUGCUGUUCUACCUUCUCUUUGCUGGUACUAUGAUUACGCAUCUUCGUAAACCGAUCGGCUCGAUGACAGUGAAAGAACAACGUCUGGAGGGCGAGUACCGUCACAUUAAUUCCCGACUAAUUACGAAUUCUGAAGAGAUUGCGUUUUACCAAGGAAACAAUAGAGAGAAACUAACGAUACUAGCUAGCUUCUAUAAACUAGUGACUCAUCUCCGAAAAUGUUUGGAAUUCAAAACGCUCAUAGGAGUGAUUGAUAAUUUUGUCGGCAAAUACAUGGCAACGAUCGUAGGCUUUUAUGCGGUCAGCAUUCCGUUCUUUCAGAAGAACCAUCGUGUCCUGUCAGGAUCGCCUGAUCAUCGAUUCAAGAGUUACUACACGUAUGGGCGGAUGUUAGUGAAACUAGCGGAAGCUAUAGGCAGAUUAGUACUGGCCGGAAGAGAGCUGACACGGCUAGCAGGGUUCACAGCUAGGGUUACAGAAAUCAAGGUCGUCUUGGACGAUUUGAACGCGGGCAAAUACUCUAGGACAAUGAUCACAGACUUCAAGGAGGAAUCGAUUGGAAGUCCGGGCGCGGGGAAGAUUCUGACCAAAGAUAACAUUAUACGUUUCGAUCGCGUGCCAUUGAUAACGCCGAACGGCGAUGUUCUUAUCAAAGAGUUAACGUUCGAGGUAAGCUCGGGAAUGAACGUGCUAGUAUGCGGACCUAAUGGUUGCGGAAAGAGCUCUCUCUUCAGAAUUCUUGGAGAGUUGUGGCCAGUUUGGGGCGGAACGGUGACCAAACCACCGCGUGGAAAAUUAUUCUACAUACCGCAACGUCCUUACAUGACCCUGGGUACGCUCAGAGAUCAAAUUAUCUAUCCUCAUACAAAGGAGGAGAUGAUAAGGCGCGGCAAGAUGACAGACGACGACCUUGUUAAACUAUUAGAUCUGGUUCAACUAGGCCAUCUGUUGGAAAGAGAAAAUUUGACAAACAUUGAGGGUCAAGGGUGGGACGUUGUCGCCGAUUGGAUGGAUGUCCUUUCUGGUGGUGAAAAACAACGUAUAGCGAUGGCUCGACUCUUCUAUCACAAACCACAGUUUGCAAUUCUGGACGAGUGCACGAGUGCAGUCAGUGUUGAUGUCGAGGAUUCGAUGUACUCUUAUUGUAGGCAGGCGAAUAUCACUUUGUUUACAGUCUCGCAUCGACGGUCCCUGUGGAAGCAUCAUGAGUAUUACCUGCAGAUGGAUGGAAGAGGAGGCUACGAGUUCAAAGUCAUCGAGCCAGACACCGAGGAGUUCGGAUCGUGAAUCUUCGUGUCCCUUGCAUCGGAUAACGCUUUCCAGCAUGCAGGGGACGCCACAUUUGCAAUCGAAUAGCUGAACAAACAGAAAUUCAAAUAAAUAAUGGAUACAGUUUACACACGCGCGCAUUGCCAACCUGCACAGACUUACGAGUAUCGUGUAUAUCACUAUUUAAACUGUAGCGCAUAAUACCUGUAUAUUUUUUAUAUCAAUGUUUUUUUAGAGAAUAACGUGUAAACGAUACCGCGAGGCAGGCCUUAACACGCUGACUGCUUGUUGAUCAGAUUACAAUUAUUAAUUUAAUUACAAAUUUGGUGCAAGAGGAUUCAGAAAGUAACCGCUUUGAAUUAAUAACUUUUAAAUCUAUUACUUAGAAGUUAUUGCGAAGUCAUGUUUAGUUUUUGACUCGGCGGUCAACGUGUUAAUCCGUUAGUAACUCUUAAAUGUUAAUUGUAUAAAAAUAUAUGUUCUUCCAAUGCUGUCAACAAGGGAAAUAUAGGAUUAUAAUUCUUUUGGGUGGGAGUUUAAACUACCAUUCAAUUCGACCAACAUAUUUUUGAUACUUGAGAGAUUUUUCACUUGCGCGACUAGUAGAAUGUUAAAUGCACAUCACGUACAUGUAACAAUUUAAUAAUAAUAUGUAUCUGUAUAUGUAUAUACAUGUAUACGAGAGAAAUAGAAUUUGUAGCUGAGAACGACGUUCUAUUAUAAGAGUGCAAUUGUGAUUUGUUAUGUGUAGAACACAUUGAGCAAACGCGGUCAGAAUAUUAUUGGAUUGCUGGACAAUAAGAAAAUAUGUAAUGAAAAUAAACGAAAGACAAGACAUUUAAUUUA